CACAUUCUGCACUGUGUCCGUGUGAACUGUAGGGUGACGUUGGUUUUUCAUUCUAUGGCUUGGCAUUUUAUGCCGCCUGAAAGCAGACAGCGUGGUGGUACUUGUAGCCUGUGCAAACAUGAGCGCGUUUGGCAUGCUCGCAAGACACUGUCACCUGCGGCGGAUUCUUCGCUUGCCGAUGCCCAGUGCGCGUGCCCGUGGUGCGGCCACAUCACUAGAUGCCACCAUCGGACUGUCCGAAGAGCAGAUCCAGAUGCAGCGAACAGCUGCCGAGUUUGCUGAGAAGGAGAUGCUUCCAAAUAUGAUGGAAUGGGAUGAAAAGGAACACUUCCCUGUGGAUGCAAUGAGGAAAGCAGCUGGACUUGGCUUUGGGGCUAUUUACAUUUCAGAUGAAUAUGGAGGGUCAGGGCUCAGCCGCCUUGAUGCUUCGGUGAUAUUUGAAGCCCUUGCGAAAGGUUGUGUCAGUACGACUGCUUACAUCAGCAUCCACAACAUGGCACUGUGGAUGAUUGAUGCUUUUGGGAGUCAGGAUCAGAAGCUGAAGUGGCUUCCCGAGUUGUGCACAAUGGAGAAGUUUGCAUCAUAUUGCCUGACAGAGCCAGGCAGUGGCAGCGAUGCUGCCUCACUGGUCACCACAGCCAAGAGGGAUGGGGACGACUACAUCUUGAAUGGCACCAAGGCAUUCGUCAGUGGCUCGGGUGCAAGCCAUGUGUACGUGGUAAUGUGCCGAACCGGCGGUUCAGGCGCAAAAGGCAUUUCGACAGUUGUCGUCGAGAAAGGAACACCAGGCCUGAGCUUUGGCAAGAAAGAAAAGAAGCUUGGGUGGAACACACAGCCAACACGAGCAGUGAUCUUUGAGGACUGCCGAGUGCCUGUCUCCAACCGGCUUGGCGAGGAAGGCCAGGGCUUCUCCUUUGCCAUGCUGGGACUCAACGGCGGACGUGUCAAUAUCGCAUCCUGUUCCAUGGGAGCUGCAGCUGCUAGCAUUGACAUAGUAAAGGAACAUUUGAAGGUUCGCAAGCAGUUUGGAAAGCCCCUUGCCUCUUACCAGAACAACCAGUUCAACUUGGCAAAGAUGGCUACAGGGCUGCAGACAUCACGUCUGAUUGUGAGGCGAGCAGCGCAGUCCAUAGAUGACAACACUCCAGACAAGAUGACGUUGUGUGCUAUGGCCAAGCUUCAUGCCACGGAAGUUGGUUUUAAGAUCACCAACCAGGCCCUCCAGAUGAUGGGUGGUUAUGGCUUCAUCAAGGAGUACCCGAUCCAGCAGUAUCUGAGGGACCUAAGGGCGCACUUAAUUAUUGAAGGAACCAAUGAAGUAAUGAAGAUGGUGAUAUCUAGGGAUAUACUGCAAGGCUGAAUGCAGUCAACAAGUCACAUAUAACGAUGUAUUUACAAGAGAGACAACAAUGCACAAACAAGAUGGCUGUCGAGACCGACUCCACCUACACACGUCAAAGCGUCUUCUUCUUACUGGCACCACUAACAGUAUGCACAGACAUGUGACUCGAAUGUCAGCACUGCACUCACAUGGUAUCCAGAAACCAAGAUUCCUUUUCUGUCAACGUCACUAAAGCUAAACUGACACCUUUUUAUUUGCUGUACUGAAGGCACUGGGCAGUGGGCAUAGUGCUUGUGAAAGUGAAGACGAGAAUUGCUGGCUUUCCCGUUUCGCCAUAGUACCGACCUGUUUAAGCCUACCGCUACAACCUAGAACUAGUGCUGCUAGGCAAACACCCCCGUUGUAUUGCACAUAAUCUUUGCCUCGAUUAAAAACUUUAACUUAAGAAGCCUUGCCCAUUCAUUACGAUUGUGAGCCAGACCAGCACAGAUGUCAAAUUUGGGAGUGAAGGUGUAGUUUUUGUAGUGGGUGGCCAGAUGUCCGUUGGUUCUGUUCUUGACAUUACUGCAGUGUUCCCUGGGGUAGUCAUUGACACAACAACUUUUUUGCCUAAUAUGUAUGUUUUCACAAGAAAGCAUAAUUCGGUAGACGUACCCACUAUGUCCGUAUGUAUGCACAUAUAUUUCACAGUAGGUUUUUCAAGUAAACCAAUUGAAAAUAGGCUC